GCCAUUAAGUGUUGAGAAUUCAGUGAGCUGUUCUGUAGGAACUUGGGGGAAAAGGGUGUUGAGAGCAAAUGACAGAGGACAGACUUGCAAUAUUUCAGAGGGAAGGAAAGGCUCUACUGGGACAUUUAAGAUUCUGUGAUUCUGGUUGAUCCAGAAUGAAGAAUCCACUGUGAUUAACAAGAUACCAGAACCACUAACAUGAAAACAUUGCUAUGUUGGUAUAAUGCAUGUUGGUCAGCUGGAGAAAAAGAAUCAGAUAUCUCUUUCCUGCACUCCACUGCUGAUCAUGCUUAAUACAGGAGGCAUUAAUAGAGGUGGAUCCUCUGACACGGGACAGAGAAUGUUGAUGCUUUCUAGCAAGCAUGCCCAAGAGUACAGCUGCCCUAGUCUCAGCCAGAACUUGUUCUGUGUCCCUGGCGCCAUCGGCACUCAUGUUGCUUCUUCUGACAGCCCAGCCUCUCCAGAAAAAGGGGAAAGAGCCAGGUUGAAGGUCCCAUGCAGUGAUCUCUAUGAAGACCUUCUGGUCUCCUCCUCCUCAGAGGACAGUGAUAUGGAGUGACCUUCAAUUUGAGAGAAGAUGCCAAUUCCCAGCUGAUCUGCCCAGAUACUUCAGGGAUGCAACAGGAUGGACUUUUGUGGAGUGAAAAGAAUCCCAGUGGAUUACUGCCGUCUUCUGCAGAUGCACUGGGUAAGUGACUGAAAUCUGACAGGUUCACCUGCAAAAGGCUAAAACACUGAAAACUCCUCGAGGCUGGACUCACAAAUCCAAGUGGGUG